CCCGCGGCCAUUUUACAGCAACGAUGGCCGCACCUAGCGACAUUCGGUGCACAUGUAGAGUCUGUACAAAAAUUCGUGUCACGAUCGACCAAAUAUUUUCCGUUCUAGACGUACACGGUUGGUUAUUGGACUCCUAUAUUGUGGACUUUUUUCAAGAGAACCUGUGGGAAAAAUUGCCAGAAAGUUGGAGGUUGACGUUGCAAGAUACACCUCCUCAGGAGUUUGGUAAAUGGUUGUCGGGAGACAUCUCGUGCACACGUGUGUGGCCUUUGUCAUUGCUUGCACUACGACAAGUGACUAAUAUUUUACAAGUCAAUAGGAAUCAUGAGGAUCCAGAAAGUAUUGUAUCCUGUGAACUUAAUGUAACAAAUAAUAAUAACAAUGAAGCAAUUAAAGCGGAUAAAGACAGUACACUUGAGGAGAUACAUUCCCAGGAUCAUAAAUUUAGGAACCUGUUCUCGAAACACAUAAAAAAGAAAAAGAGAUACGAGAUACAAGAGAUAGCUCAAGUGUGUGCAGAUUGUGCCCAUGAAGCUAAUUGUAAGUGUAUUGUUGAUAUUGGAGCUGGAAUGGGCCAUUUGGCUCGGAUCUUAGCUUUUCAAUAUGGAUUAUAUGUUACCUGUAUCGAACAAGAUUGUAUAUUAUUACAACAAGCUAGGAAAUGGGAUCAGGAAUUAUUCUUGUCCAUAAAAAAGCAUUUACCUAAUUUUUGUCAGAAAUGUCCACAACAAUUUAUAGCAAAAUUGGAAUCAGCAAAUUUAGUAGAAUCAGAAUUAGUUAGUCAAUUACAGGAGCUAUUUCAGAAUAAAUUCAACCUAGAUGAAUUGGAAACUAAAUUUGGUCUUGUAGGACUUCAUCCUUGUGGAGAUUUAGCCCCAAUAUUAUUAAAACUUUAUUCCUCCAGGAGUGAAGCAAAGUUUAUUUGCAUUGUAGGAUGCUGUUACAUGAAAUUAACGAUACAAUCAGAAGUAAGUGGAUUGAAAGGUUAUCCACUAAGCAAGUACCUGUUAUUACGUAAAAAUCAUUUGUUAACUUAUACAUCAUUAGAGGUAGCUUGUCAUGCAAUUGAAAAAUACUGUGACAAACUAAAGAUUGGGAACUAUGAAGAUUUAAUAGUACAUACUUAUAGAGCAGCUUUAGAGACUAUUUUAAUUAAAAAAUGUGAAAAAUUACGUCAUAGUCAAUUGAGAAACGUUAAAGUAACAAAAGGGAUGUCAUUUAGACAGUACUGUAUUACAGCUACAGCACAUUUUGACACUAAUUUACACAUACAAGAUUCCGACAUUAAUAACGCAGAAAUCAAUAGUUUUCUGAACCAGUGGCAACAAGUUAUAAUAUUUGGAUCCCUCAGAAUGAUGUUGGCGCCAUUGGUGGAAACAAUUGUACUAUACGACAGAUUCUUAUUUUUAUCCGAAAAAAAUUUGACACCAACACUGAAACCGGUGUUCGACAGUAGACUGUCUCCACGAAAUCUAGUGUUAAUGUCCAGGAAAAAAUAACUAAGAUAAUUAUUUUUCAA